UCACGGCCUGACAUACAAUCAAGGAUAGUGCAGUAGUUUCCAACUGCUCUGUAACAAAUCACCAAAAACGUAGUGGCUUAAUACAACAUACAUUUAUUAGCUUACAGUGGCGGCAAUCAGAAGUCUAAAAUGGAUCGGCAGGGCUAUGUUCUUCUGGAGGCUCUAGAGAAAAAUCCAUGUACUUGCCUUUUCCACUUCUAAAGGCUGCCUGCAUUCUCCGCCCAUGGCCCCAUGUCACACAGACCUCUGCUUCUGUUGUCACUUGUCCUCUAACCCUCCCCCCACUCCUGCCUUCCUCUUAUAAGGACCCUUGUGAUAACAUUCGGCCUUCCCCUCUAGGGUCAUCCAGGAUACUCUUCACAUCUCAAGAUCCUUUUUUUUUUUUUUAAUGUUUAUUUAUUUAUUUUGAAAGAGAGAGGGGGAGAGAGAGAGAGAGAGAGAGAGAAAGAGAGAGAGAGAGAGAGAGGGAGCAAGCAAGAGAGGGGCAGAGAGAGAGAAUCCCAAGUAGCCUCUGCACCAUUAGCACAGAGCCCAAUGCAGGGCUCUGAUCUCACCAACGGAGAUCAUGACUUGAGCUAAAAUCAAGAGUCAGAUGCAUAACCAACUGAGCCACCCAGGCACCCCUCAAGAUCCUUAAUCUAAUCUGCAAAAUCUAUUUUUGCCAUGUAAGGUAGCAUAUUCCCUGGUUCUAAGGACUCGGAUGUGGACAUCUUUCGGGGACCAUUAUCCUGUCCACCAUAGAAAGUGAGUCCAGCCUAACAGAAAUGUAAGAUACAUAUCGUAAUCAUAUGUCUUCCUAUGUUUCAGUACAUUCCCUAUACCAAUAGAUAUUGGAGACCCAAUAGGGUAUUGGAUAAUACUUAAUACACUUUGUAUUUUGUACAGUGAAACUUCAUAUUUUUCCUCACAUAACACAUUCUACAUAUAAUGUUGUAAAAGGAUUCUAAGAAACACUAAAGGGAAGGGGGGCUGGGUGGCUCAGUCGGUUAAGCACCCGACUCUUGACCUCAGCUCCCGUCAUGAGCUCAUGUUUUUUUGUUGAGUUCAGGCCCUGCAUCAGGCUCUGCAUGGCCACCGUGGAGCCUGCUUGGGAUUCCCUCUCUCCCUCCCUCCCUCUCUCUCUGCUUCCCCCUUGCUCAUAUGCUCUCUCAAAAUAAAUAAAUAAACUUAAAAAAAUAAAAACCACUAAAGAUAUAAUACCGUUGCUUUUUUAAAAGAAGUUUUCACUAAUUUUUUUUAUCAAGACUUUGUAAUUAUCUACAAGGUAGGUACUUAGGUGUCUAUCCUUUUGUGAAUUUUGUAAAAAGCACAAGGGAAAGUGACUACAUGUAAGACAAUACAACCAGUCCCUAAACAGACAGAGCUAGUGAUUAGACCCUCCUUUUGGAGAUUUGGGUUCGUUAUCUGCUCAUCUGUUUGACAACGAUGUCUCCUCUAUCUCAAUAUAUAUUACUAGUACUAAAUCUUGUAAAGAUUAAAGCAUAUUUAAGUGUGAUAGCCUCACCACUUCAGCUGCACAAGAACUGAAAGAUAACAAGAAAGGUGUAGUGGGGAGUUAGAUUCCAGGAAGUAGACAGUGUAUAGGGUUAAGGGAACUUGUCUGCCAUCUUGCUGAAUUAUCCUGUGUCAAAGAUGCUGUUAUUUCCUGUGUUUAAACUUGUCCAUAACAUUAGUCAAAGGGCUUGUACCAACCCACUUACAGUGGCAUAUGCGGUUGGGCAAUUGGAUUUCUUAACCAAGCAAUGAAAAAAAGGCAAUUACCAAAAAUCAGCAUGUAUGGCCAAGUCAUGUCAUAACAUGAGAAACUGAAACUUUUAAAUCUACAUGUGUUAAGAUUAAAGCAUUAUGUUAAUUUCUAACCUUUAAGCUAUCACUAAAAAUAUCAAAUGAUUCUCUAGUUUACAAGUCUAUCGAGGCCACAUAAUGAAUUUUAAAAUUAAAACAAAAUUGACAAACUGUUGAAAUGAUAUAAAAGCCCAGAGACAUUUUGUCUACUACUGCGGGAGAGAAAGCACAUCUGGAUUGGUUGAAAUGAAGAUGUUGCGGGACAGCAACCCCAGACCUGGAAAAGGACUUCAAAAUCAGUGGCCAUCAGGCACUGCCUUAACCUCAGUGCACCACUGAGGCUCUCUGAAAUCCAAAGAAUAUGAGGUAGCAAAAGAACCACAUAUACAUGCCAGACUUCACCUUUUUUGUGUCCCCUUGGCUAGCUUAGCAGCCAACUGCUCUUCUGUUUCGGUAUGUCUCUGGUUCCUGUGCCCAUUCCACUUCUUCUUUCUGCCCCUCUUGCCGCAGGCGUUAAGUUCUCCCUCUCUUUUUUGAACUUUGAUACAGUUUCAUGAAUCAUCAGUAUCUUGUCUGAUAGUCAUUGGCUUGGCAUCAAGGUGUUCAGCAUUUAGCAAGGAACAGAGCAUCAUCCUCAAUAUUGAAUAACAUCCGUUCAAUUGGGAAACUUAUCUUCUACUUUGUGUUUCAUAGGACAAGUUCUCUUUGAUUUCUCCAGGAGUCUGUUUUGACCUCUGCAGAUAGGUUGGAGUGAGAAAGCAAGCCUCUGCUUUUUUGACAAUCCCAGGAAACAUUGAAGAGAUGGAGAAGCCGAAGCUUAGCAAGAUUAAGUAUCUUGCCAAAGGCCACAGUUAAUAAGAGGAAGUCCUUACCAUGGCGGCUUCGUGCCAGCCACCCUUCCCCACAUCCCCAGGGUGCUCCUGGCCAGAGGCAGCACAGGACAAUCCCUCAACUGGUCAUGCUGAACUCCUUACUCUGAUGGCUGUUCCAUAAGAUCAAGACUGAGUCCCCUCCCUUCUCCCACUUUACCAAUGCCUGGUCUCAUGGGGUUAGUUUUGAGCCCAACACUAUGGCAUCAUCAACCUCCUCAGCUCCUCGCUCCCGGUCCAGGAAGCCUCUGGGCAAGAUGGCUGACUGGUUCAGGCAGGCCCUGUCGAAGAAGCCCAAGAAGAUACUGGAAUCCUCAGACGGCCCCUCCAGUGACGUCUCACAGCCGAGCUCCCAGGACCACCCCCCACGCCUGGGCCUCAGCUCAACCUCGUCUCCAACACACGUGGUCGCCAGCAGCAGUGGCAGCAGCAGCGGCAGCAGCGGCCGCUGGAGCAAGGACUACGAUGUCUGUGUGUGCCACAGCGAGGAGGACCUGGCAGCCGCCCAGGAGCUGGUCUCCUACCUAGAAGGCAGCACUGCCAGCCUGCGCUGCUUCCUGCAGCUGCGGGAUGCAACCCCAGGCGGCGCCAUCGUGUCCGAGCUGUGCCAGGCACUGAGCAACAGUCACUGCCGCGUGCUGCUCAUCACCCCAGGCUUCCUGCAGGACCCGUGGUGCAAGUACCAGAUGCUGCAGGCCCUGAGUGAGGCUCCCGGGGCGGAGGGCCGCACCAUCCCCCUGAUGUCAGGCCUCGCCAGAGCCGCCUACCCCGCUGAGCUCCGGUUCAUGUACUUCGUGGACGGCCGGGGCCCCGACGGUGGCUUUCGCCAAGUCAAGGAAGCUGUCAUGCGUUGUAAGCUAUUAGGGGUAAGGGAGAAUGGGAAGGUGGCUUCAGCCACAGCAUCUGAUCGGCUUCGGCUUUUAGGAGACAGUCACUGUAGCCCAGUAGCUCAAGAUGCAGGCUGUGGAAAAGGCUGGAAGUUAUUCCAAGUCCUCUGUACUUGGGUUUCCCCACUGGUAAAGUGA